UCUCGGUCACAUUUCUUUAAAGUUACAACCGAAAACCCAAAAUGUGUCUCUACCUUUUGGUGUCCACAUUUGUCCUGGCAUUCGUUUGGAUUUGUGAAAGCCUCCGGCGGAAGAAUGCUUUCGCCAAAAACCUUCCGAUGGCAAAACCCAUAAAGUCGUUUCUCGGCGUUGAUUACUCGAUCAUGGACAUGAGCGACGAGGAGCGAUUCGAAGUCAUGAACGAUUGCUUUGCGCGCUUCGACCGGCUGUUUGUGUUCUACACCGGGCCACUUCUGGUUCUGGCCGUUAGUCAUCCGGACCUGGUGCAGAAGUUGCUGUCCCAUCCGGAUUGUUUGGAGAAACCGUACUUCUACGACUUUGUGAAGUUUGAGCAGGGAAUUUUCUCGGCGAAAUGUGAGUGA